AUGGCGAGCGGCCACCGCCUCCUGCUGGAGAACGCGCGGCAGGCGGUGCUGGUGAGCGCGCGCGGAGAGCGCUUCCUGGCCGGGGACGCGGCGCGCGAGCUCGCGGUGCUCCAGGACGCCAGCCUCGUGGUGGGCGCUGAUGGGUUUAUAAAAGCGAUUGGCUCUGCUGAUGCUAUCCAAAAACAAUUUUCUGGAGAAACUUUUGAAGAAAGAAUCGACUGCUCUGGAAAAUGUAUCCUACCAGGUCUGGUGGACGCACACACCCAUCCUGUGUGGGCUGGAGAACGAGUCCACGAGUUUGCGAUGAAGUUGGCAGGAGCCUCGUACAUGGACAUCCACCAGGCCGGAGGGGGCAUCAACUUCACGGUGGAGCGCACCCGGCAGGCCUCCGAGGAGGAGCUGUUCUGCUCCUUGCAGCAGCGGCUGCAGUGCAUGCUGAGGGCCGGCACCACGCUGGUGGAGUGUAAGAGCGGCUACGGCCUCAGCCUGAAGGAAGAGCUCAAGAUGCUGCGCGUGAUCGAGCGUGCAAGGCGGGAGCUGCCAGUGGGCAUCUCGGCCACUUACUGCGGGGCGCACUCAGUGCCCAGAGGAAAGACCGCCCUGGAAGCUGCCGAUGACAUCAUCAACAACCACCUCCCCACGCUGGAGGAGCUUGGCAGAAGGGGGGAGAUGCACAUUGACAACAUCGAUGUGUUCUGCGAGGAGGGUGUCUUUGAUCUGGAUUGCACCAGGAGGAUUCUCCAGGGCGGAAAGGAGAUGGGGCUGCAGAUUAACUUCCACGGCGACGAGCUGCACCCCAUGAAGGCUGCCGAGCUUGGUGCGGAGCUGGGAGCCCGGGCGGUCAGCCACCUGGAGGAGGUGAGCGACACAGGCAUCACUGCGAUGGCCAAGGCAGGGUGCUCGGCUGUGCUGCUGCCCACCACGGCCUACAUGCUGAGACUGAAGCAGCCCCGGGCCAGGAAGAUGUUAGAGGAAGGGGUAAUAGUUGCCCUGGGCAGUGAUUUCAACCCCAAUGCGCACUGCUUUGCAAUGCCGAUGGUCAUGCACCUGGCCUGUGUGAACCUGAGGAUGUCCAUGCCUGAGGCCCUGGCGGCGGCCACCAUCAAUGCAGCUUAUGCGCUGGGAAAGUCCCACACACAUGGAUCCUUGGAAGUUGGCAAACAGGGGGAUUUCAUUAUCGUCAAUGCAUCCAGAUGGGAGCAUUUGAUUUACCAGUUUGGAUGCCAUCACGAAUUAAUUGAAUAUGUGAUAGUUAAAGGAAAAGUCAUCUAUAAAAAGUGAUAGGACUGGAAGGAAAGAGAAGUGUUUCCACUGUGUCAGAUAAGACAAUACAGCUGUUACACCUUAUGAGGUGUCUUAAUUAAGUUAAAAUUCCUCAGUGGUUACCAGAACCACGCCACCUUAAACACAUUUUAAUUGUCUUGUUAAUUCACUUAACAAAACUCAACGGGUCGCUUUAUUUGAAUCAAACAUGUACACAUGAAUAUAUAAAUAAGUAAGUCGUCAUUGUCAAGUCAUUAAAUUGUUUUGCAAAGAUUGUUUACAAAAUGUUCUGAAGGUUAAUAUGAUAGAAUAUCAUAAAAAUGCCUUUGUGGGAAAACCAGACUUGGUCUGAAAUUUCCUUUUUUUUUUGCAUCUCAAUUCUCAACAUUUAAACUAUAUUUAGUGAUCACCCAGGAGUGGAAGGAGAUCUGGAUGAUAUGCUCCAAAUGAAGUUAAAUAUACCUUUUCCUAAUAAGUAAAUCAUAUUUUCUUUUCAAUACUUUUCAAAUGAAUUAGUUAUAUGUGAAAUUGAAGACUUCUGACUUUACACAGAGGUGUGGGACCGUUUCUAUAAUGCAUUUCAGUCAACUCAAAUUAUGUGAUUUUUGAAGUUGUUCUAAUGUUUUUGAUUCUUCAUAUCACAUUGUAUAAAAAACAUAUUUUAGAUCUCAAUAAAUAUUUGCUGUCUUUACUA